UUUUAAAUUUUGAAAAAAUAAAAAAAUUAAAAUUUUCAAAAGAUAAACUUAGAAAGGUGCUAUUUUGAUCAUUUUAGUUUUUGAGUGCUAUUUUUGUGAUAUAAACUUAGAAAUAUGCUAUUUUGGAGAUUUGCCGAUAAAGUUAACCAAGUGAGUGAUCUGGAUCAUUCCGAAUAUAUUUAUCCAAUUUUUAGUGUCUUAACGAAACUUGAGAUUGAAUAUAAUAACCAGUUUUAUAUUCAAAUCGAGUAAAAUGUUUUUUUUGGCUAAAGCCUCUUUGUUGUUUCUUAUUUUCCUAAUGAGAUAACUAAUCAUUUCCAGUUAUAUAAACAGAAGUUAAAAGCUAGAAAGCUGUGUAAAUAAAUAUAUAACUGACUAUAUCUCAGUAAAUUAAGUCUUGAAUAGUUUACAGAUGCUCAUAUAAAUUUGUGUAUGAUACACUUCUUAUUUUCUUAGAAGGGAAAUUGCACCUUAUAUACAACCAAAAAAAACACAAAUACACUAACUAACUAAAACCCUCUCAUUUCUCCUACUUUCUCUUUCUAUCUCUCUCUAUUUUCUCUCCCAAAAUCUAAUUUCUUUUUUUUUUGUUAUUUGGCGAAUAAACUCUUUCUUAGAACUACAGAAAUUAUGAUUUUUUCUAAUAAUAUUAGGCAAAGACUAUCUUUCGAAAAGCCCAUGAGCUUUUGGGUUCCCUGCUAUUGAAGGCAUCAGAGGAAUAUAAUCUUCUUUUUGACUGCAUGGAGCUUUAAGUUUCCUCAAGCAUCACGGUUGAUGUGAGCUUUUUAACUUUUAAUUUUUUUUAUAUACUUCCUCAAAGAAAAAGACUUCUCAAUAUAUUUGAAUUCCACGUACGGUAAGCAGCUUCGAGAAGGUAAAUAGAAGACUUAACUAUGUUUCUUUGAUAUGGAAGUCUUCGUUUUAACCAACUAUCUUUUCAUCUUUAAGUUUUAUUCCAUACCUAAAAGUACAUGCGGAAGGUGAAGAUGUGGGUUCUCACAGCUUAAUUAAGUUUAUCCUAAUCUACUGUAUAUUCAUUGUAUGUCAAAGUAGCUGUUAUAUCCGUAAUAUUUUUCGGUAAAAUUUUACCAAGUUGACGCACCAUAUAUAUUGAUAACUAAUUGGAUUACUAAACAUUAGGUUUUCAUAUAAUAUAUUGCGUAAUUGCAUGGCAAUGCAACGUCUAAUAUAUUGUUGCAGAUUGGUUUUUAUUCAAGAUGUUAGGUUUAACAUAGUAUCAGGUAAUUAUUGUAGCUAGACCCAACGUAUAUAUGAGAUGGAUAGAAAACUUUACUUGGGUUUUCAGUAUAUGUGUGACGUGUAUAAAUAAGUGUUGGUUUGUGCAUUUUGGACAAACUCAAGUACUUUAAGCAAGUUUUUGUCCUUUUAACAAAUUUGAGCUAAUGUCAAUUCGAACAUUGCAAAGAAAUAAGGUAGCUUUUUUUUAUUAUCCAGGGUAUGUCGGAUCUAUGAAACGGUUUAGACUAGUUAUCUUUUUAUAAAUUUAGACGAUGCCGGGUGAAAUAUUAGUUUUGGCUCCUAAAUUUUUUUAAAUUUUUUACAUAAGAAUAUACUUCCAAAUUACGAAAAAUUUUUAAAUAAUUUUUUACAAAAAAAAAUGCUCAGAAUCCCCAAAAUCUUAGAUCCGGCCAUAAACGCAUGAAUGGAUUAUUUCUCCGAAUAUUUAAAUGGAUUAUAAGCAAUAAAUCCAUAUCCGCAUAUCCUAGAGCUAAUAAUUUUGUACCGGAGAGGAAUACACAAACCAACAGAACGACUUUAAAAUGAUACUCCCUCUGUUCUUAAAAGAUAGAUUUUUUAGUAUUUUCACACAUAUUAAGAAAAUACAUUAAAAUAUCAUAAUAAAUGUAUCAUUUUCUGUAAUUUUCAAUUUUCAAUAACUUUUAACCAAUAGUAAUUCAAUAAAGUCAAUUAAUUUUGUUGAAGUUUACAAUUUUUCAUAGAAAACACAAAAAAAAAUACAUCUUUUUGAAACGAAUUUUUUUUCUAAAAAAUCUAUUAUUAAGGAACGGAUGGAGUAGUAAAUUAGUCACUUCUCUAACGAAUCAUAUUUGUUAUAAAUUGAUGAUACAAUAUAUAUAUAUAUUAAAGCCUUCAACGUUGAAGCAUCUAUAAAGCGAUUGAAUUAGUGUUAGAAUUAGUUUAGUCAUUAGAAGAAUUAGGGUUUUCGCGGGUCCCAGCCUCCCAGCCAGGGUUCAUGAGUUUGCGUGCCUUGGUGUGCUUAAAACUAAAUUUACACCAAUAAUCAACUACCAUAUCGAGACGUUUGAUUUAUUCUUAGAAAAUACUAGUAUACUGUUUUUUUUGUUGCUAUGAUUUAUUACAUAUUCAUUGUACAUUAAAAGUUUUAUUAAAGGCUCACAAACUCCCUUUUGUCAACAUAUGGAUUAGUUGCAGCAACUUUUGUGUACCUACAUUGCUUCACAAACUUGAUCAUCUUCCUUUCUUUUUCUUCUUCUUGCAAAAUAAUAUUAUACAAGGGUAUUUUCGCCAUUCACUGACCAUCAAAGUCAAAACCUAAACUAAGAUUUUCUCCUUCCACGCAAAACACAAAAACCCUAUUUAAAGCGUGAAGAUCACACACAUACAAUUAGGUUCAUUAGCUAAGAUCCUUAGUUUGAUUGCCUUCAUCAAAACCUUUCGCCCUUGUGAAUUCUAAAGUGAUCUUCAACAGGUUUGAUAAUACAUAUACACACAUACAAAAAUAUAUGUUAGUAUUCUUGUGUACGUAACGACUAUGUUUAUGAUCAUGCGCUUACACCAAAAAAAAUGUUUAUGACCAUGCACAUGUACUUAUCCAAGUUCAUAUAUUAUAUGUAAUCACGAAUCCUAUAAUGUAAUGAUAGUGUGCUCGUUUCUUUCUUAUCUCUUAGCUUGAUCUAUGUGGUUAGAUAUCGAUUAUUGAAUUUACUUUAUUUAAUAAUGUUUUGUAAGUAUAAUAUAACAUUUUUGUUAUAGAAAAAAUGGGGCGAUCGCCAUGUUGCGAUGAGAAUGGGCUGAAGAAAGGGCCAUGGACACAAGAUGAGGAUGAUACAUUAAUCGAUCACAUUCAAAAGCACGGCCAUGGAAGCUGGAGAGCUCUUCCUAAGCAAGCCGGUUUAAACCGAUGCGGAAAGAGUUGCAGAUUGAGAUGGACCAACUACUUGAGACCUGACAUCAAGAGAGGGAACUUCACUGAAGAGGAAGAAGAAACCAUCAUCAACCUCCAUUCCCUUCUUGGAAACAAGAGGUCGUCGAUAGCCAGUAAUCUUCCUAGGAGAACGGACAACGAGAUCAAAAACUAUUGGAACACACAUUUGAGAAAGAAACUUCUCCAAAUGGGGAUUGAUCCGGUCACACAUAGGCCGAGAACUGACCAUCUAAACGUCUUAGCUGCUCUUCCACAGCUUAUAGCCGCCGCAAAUUUCAACAGCCUCUUGAAUCUCAAUCAAAACGUGCAACUGGAUGCAACAACUCUUGCUAAAGCCCAAUUGUUACACAAUAUGAUUCAAGUCCUUAGCACCAAUAACAACAACAAUUCAUCUUCUUGGCCAUUAGCCAUGCAGACCAGUGACAAUCUCUUUGGCCAAUCUUCUUACCUAGAGAACCAAAAUCUUUUUGGCCAAUCUCAAAACUUAUGUCACAUUCUUGAGAAUAGUCAUGGAGAGGAUUUUAUAGUAAAAAACCAAACAAAUGAUCAUCCUUUGGAUUCAUUUUCUUCCCCUGUACAAAUGAAUGCUCAAGAUGAUUAUAAUUCGCUUCCACUACUGGUUCCGGCUUCUCCAGGGGAAUCUAAACAAAGCCAGAUGAUGAUCAAGAACAAAAGCAUAGUUCAUGAACAUCAGCAUAAUCAGGAUACUUCAAACCCGUCAUCAUCAAACUCCACACAAGAUCAUCAUCAACCAUGGUGUGACACUAUUGAUGAUGAAGCAAGUGAUUCUUAUUGGAAAGAUAUCAUAGAGUAAACGUAUUCGGAACCAUGGCCGUUUCCUGAAUAGACAAGAUUCAAAUUAGAGAGAGACUAAUAAUAUCGAAAUUUUUGUUGUUGGAUAGAGUUAUAUGCAUAUAUAUUUAUCGUUCACUAAAGACUAAAGUUCCCUUUUUCCAGACCAUGUAUGUAAAUUGAUCUUGUAAAAAAUUAACUACUUUAUUGUAUAAAAUAUUGUUUGUAAUUACACUUCUAAAAUCUAAUUUUUAUAUAUUACAAUUAUCAUUGCAAAACACAAACGAAAAUACAGUAUCAAAACUAUUUUUGAUUCAAUAGCAAAGAAAAGUGUU